GCAUAAAUGGCGGCUUUGAAAGAAGAUGGUUAUUCCAAUUCAGAUCUCAAACAGUUUUACAGUAUUCCAGUACUUGAAAUCUUCAAAAGCCAUACCUGGUCUAAAAAACGCUUUCAAGAAACCACCAAAGACUGCUGUGACAAACAAAAUUCUUUAUUAUUUUUGAAAGUUGUUGUCAAAAUCGCAACUUGUGACGACAAAUCGUGUCAAGUACAAAUUAGCGACAUACUAUCUACAUUCUCUAAACAAAAUUUUUUCUCUCAACUUUGCAAACUUUUGGAUGGGUCAGAAGACAUUUCGCUAGAUUUCAAGGCAGAAUGGCUAGAACCAUUGAAUUGUGUUAUACAAAGUUUACACGAUAUAUGUAGGAAAACGCCAUCUAAGUCAAUGGUCGCUUUUGGAUUCUGUUCAGGAUUGGCUUCAACAAUUACAAAAUUGAUACUCUCAGGCAACGACGAUGCUGCUAUAAAUCAAUUGUCAGAUAUGAAAAGCAACGUUGAAGACAUUCAUAACUAUUUUAGAGAUUUACCAAUAAUACCUACGAGUGAUGAUAUAUUUUGUAAACCGUUUUGGGGUGAAAAUCUGACAUAUGGGUCAUUUCACAAUUUGGAUCAUUAUUUAGACGUACAAUUCAGACUUCUAAGAGAAAAUUUUAUGGCACAAUUAAGAAAUGACAUAUUUGAAUACAAAGCUAGAAAGGCAUCAAAUGCCCCUUCGGAGAUAACAAGGCUAGAUUUGAGAAUGCACCAAAAUGUGACCGUAGAAUGUGAAAACUGUUCAAACGAUUGCCGUUUUUAUGACAUCAAACUAGAUGAAUCCCAUGUUAAUCGUGUCAAGAUGAAUAGAACCAACCAUUUUCUGUAUAGAACACUGAUAUGCUUGUCUCCAGACGAUUUCGAAACAUUGUACUUUGCCAUCAUUGAAAAUGAAGAUCAGAUAAGAGAUGAUUACACAUUGAAAAUAAAAAUGAACAAAGAACGUACUACACCAGGAUUAUUCGUUGGUAUGGCGGUGACAAUGAUAGAAAACAUACGUAAUUUGGAGACUUACAUGCAUGUUUCAAGUUCUUUGCAAAAUAUUCAUGAAAAUGACUUGCCAUUUAGAAGAUACUUAGUUGAAGGACUUAAAAAAGUGCAUCGACCACUGUAUAUACAAGAUAAUACUGAUAUAGAGUACGAUUUGAGACCCAUGAUGAUGAGUGAAGUUAUUUAUCAGAAAGCUACUGAUGGAAAAGAAAAACAGUCACGUAUGUGCAAAGUGGUCUCAUGUAAUGAUUGGCCUACUGCUACGGAGCUUCAUCUUGAUGACUCUCAACACAAAGCACUGCACUUCGCAUUAACAAGAGAGUUUGUAAUAAUUCAGGGCCAACCAGGCUCUGGAAAAACUCGUGUUGGAAUGAUGAUAGCAAAGACACCAAUACAUAACAAACAUUUGUGGAUGAAUGAACGAAAAAUAAAUGAAUGUGUUUUACAACGAGAUAUUAUGGAAAAAUUAAACAAAAUUGUGAACCAUCAUCAGCUAUGCUGAUUGUUUGCCACACAAGCCAUGCAUUAGAGCAAUUCUUUAAAGGAGUGGUAACGUCUUUAGAUGCAAAAAAU